UGUUUAGCUCCGUCGCAUAGUGAUGACGUAAGACGUAUCGUUCCCGGAAGCGCUGUGAGUCGCUGGAGCUGGUGAAGCGAAAGGUGGGAGUUUCUCCGCGAAACAAACCGAGGCAGCGACGCGGUGAAGCUGUUGAAAUGCCCACAUCAGUCCGUAAAAUCCACGUCUCCUCUCAACCAGACUCCACCUACUUCCUGCGGGUGGACUGGAGGGGGCGGGGUUUGGGCUUGGGGUUCCAGUUGCUGCUGACUGAUGGCCAGGAUGCCUGGAGAGGACAAGUGAGCGAGGCAGCGGUGUGCGAGGAGGCAGAAGAGAUGGAGAUGCAGAAGGAGAGGUACAUCGAUGACCUCCAGCAGGCGCUGACCGGGACAGAGAGCACCACUACCUACUGCUUCGCCCUGACGCCGUCUCCACCGAGCCACAGCUCCGCUGUGACACUGGCGUAUGAGAAGGUGCAGAAGGACAUCUCAUUCAGGCUGGGUUCUGUUUUGUUGCAGUCUGUCCAAGAGCCAGCGGAGCCUGUGAGGGAGUUACUGAUUCACAGUCUGCAGUGGGGAAAUACACUGGAGCACCAGAACCAGAACAUUGAGGAGGAGAACCGAAAACUGAGACAAGAACACCAACGCAUCACUGCAGAAAUGAAGCGAUACGCUGGUGGGAAAGAGGCACUGGAGGCAGAGCUCUUCUCUCGGUUUGUCCUCGUCCUGAACGAGAAGAAAGCAAAGAUCCGCAGUCUGCAGGAGACCGUCUCACGCCUGCAGGAAUCCAGGAGUUCAGAGGGACAGAAAAAUAAGGAUUCAGUAAAAUCCGACCAAACAGCAGGUGAGGACGAGGAGGAGACUGAGGAGGAUGAAUAUGGAGGGAGCACUGACGAGGAGCCAGAGGAAGUGAAAGGGACCCCUGCCACGACGUUACAAUCCAGGGACUCCUCUACCCCGAGCCCACUGGAUGACAGCCUGAAGGACAUCACAGACGUGGCCCCCUGUCGCAAGAGGCGCUUUCGUCACCUUGGGGCCUCGGACCAGGCGAUUAAAAGACCGAACCCACAGACCUCCCACAGAAAGAGUUUGCCUAUAUCAUAUGGAACAACAUAGGGCGGCUGUGGCUCAGGAGGUAGUGACUGUUGUCCACUAACCCGAACAUCGGCGGUUCGAUCAUCGCCUCCCCUAGUCUGCUUGUCAAUGUGUCCUUGGGCAAGACACUUGACCCUUCAUUUCUACUGACUCUUCCUGCAGUGUAUGAAAAUGCAUAAAUGUGACAGAAAAUGCAUGGUAAAUAGCAGCGCCCAAAAACAGACUGCUUAACUGAGCACAAGACUGUUUGGUGAAGAAACUGUGGGGCACAAAUUGUACAACAAUGCUGGGUGAAAGCUCAUCUUUUGUGUGUGAGUGUUCCACGUUGUGUGUUGCUUUUUAUGGCUGGUUGUUAGAAUAUUGUUAUUUUUGUCAGUUUAUGUCGACAAACUGCUUUACUGCAUUACAUAUGAAAAUGUGUUUUUUUUAUAGUUUGGUUAACCAAGCCGUUCAUUUCUUGGACCUCUGUGAAUACCGUUAUUCUCGGGUCCGAGCACAGUGCAGCAAGGGGGAAUUCUAGGGGGGGUCUUGGAUGUGAAGUGGGGAGCCAAAGUCAGCCACUGGUCUCAAAGUAAAACUUUCUUCUUUUCUCCUCUCUGUUGUGUCUAUAGUUGCUGAGUCAGACUAUCACACAGCUUCUGAAGAACUGCUGCCGCACAUCCAAAACCCCACAAUACUACUGAUCUUGUGCCUGUGUCUCACAUUUGCCAGUUUUCUUUUUUGGAUGCGGCCAUUUAGAAAGUCUUCCAUAGACAUGUCUCAAUCUAACAUUGUCUCUAGUUGCCCAACAGUGGGCCUGUACUGGUACCGUGUCCAAGCUCCUCAGAGCUCCAGCAACUGUGCCACAUGCAGAUGGCCGUAAGUCGUGCCAUCUAUCCCCAGCUGCUGACUGUAGUGGGUACUGGUGCCCAUUACCGGCUCAUUACCAACAAGAAGCAGCAGUGAGCCGAUGAGCAGCUGCGGUUGGAUGUUUGAUCGCUGCAGAAGCUGCCCACCCCCCACCCCCCUGAGCUGACCAACACUGCCUGCAAAAGAGAGGUCUUUGUCUGAGGUGGUUAACGUGGGGGGCUUGAACUGUUGGCAGUACUACUCCCAGCUAUUGUUUUUGGCCAUCUCCAUCACUCCUCAACUCAUUCACCUUCCCGUGUUACCUCCAUAUGUUUCUACAUGUAGGUCGUCCACUGAGAAGAGGAGGAGGUGGAAGAGCUGAAAAUUAGGGGGGUCGGCAUAGAAUUAAAUUAAGUCCACAUGAACAGAAGACAACGAUGACUAAUUACAGGGAUUGCUCAACAGUUUUGGAAAUACACUUCCUUGCUUCUAACUCGGGGCCGACAGAUGUAGCGUAUGUUCAUCAUUUAAACAUUUCUGCGUGUAAAUAGGUGUGUUUUAAAUCGUGGGAUGGAGCCAGGCUAGCGGUUUCCCCUGGCUUCCUAUUUUUAUGUUGAGCUAAGAAAUCCAUGUCCUGACACUCAGACAUGAGACUUAUAUCCAUCUGUUCAUCUCAUUCUUUGACAGGACAAAAAGUGUAUUUCCCAAAAUGUUGAACUAUUCAUUAAUUUAACAAAACAAGUGUUAAAACAUCACUAGGAAACAAGCCAAGUGUUGAGUUUAUAAGAGCCUGUUCUCCACUAAAAAAUUACCGGAUAGGUCAUUUGUUCAAGCUACGUAUUGCGACGUAUGUGUUCAUUUUAAAGACCGCAGACCUCUAGCGGUAGUUAUGUACGCGGCUGCUAGAGGUCAUCGGUGGACCUGGUGAGUCCGUCAAGUUUAUGCAUUUCAAAUGGAUUUUCUUUUAUUCUGUAAAGUUAUUGUGCUGAUCCCCUUUUUUAUGGCACCCUAACCCCCAACCAUGAUGCUUACCUUCACAAGCUCAUUAAUCAUGUGUCGGUAAGGCAAAUAAAACCCCACAAUACUCUGAGGCGAAAAGUAUGUGGCGUACUUCCUUUCAACGAUAGAGGCGCUAUGGUUAGGUAACGGUCGAUUUGGUCGUUUUUUCCUUGUACGACAUAGUUCGUCGUAUGAGUUGGAAGACUUCUUGGUCUAUUAUUAAACACCUGGUUGCUCUGAUGCUCAGAUUAACCUUUUUGGCUCACUGUACUUCCUGUUCGUGCGUCCUUCAGAUCCAAGUGUUGUAAGGACAGUUUUUGCCAUGAAAAGAAAUGAGAAGAAACACUCUUCCUCCUUCUCAUGGGGGCUGGUUCUGUGAACUAUCAAACCUCGCUCCUAGCCAUGACAGAUAAUCACUGCAAGACACGGGACUGGUAGAGUGUUAUCUGUGCAUUUGCAUUUUGCCUUACACUGCGAUCAGCGCAGUUCUUAUAGGUUGUUGUUGUUGUAUGAUGUGGCUCUUAACACAAUCUGACUGAGCUGUUGAAUUAGUUGAAUCAUUUUUUCUUAAAAGUGCAUUGAAAAUGUCAAAA